AUGUCCGAUGAAGUGACCUACUCAACACUCACAUUUCAAGAUUCUGCUGGAGCAAGAAAUAACCAAAAUGGAAAUAAUCUAAAAAAAAGAGGGUCCCCAGCUCCAUCUCCCACGUGGCGUCACGCUGCUCCGAGUCUGCUAACCUGCCUGAUGCUGCCGAUUGGGCUGGUGACCUUGGGGAUUACGUGGAAUUUGCAGAUGUCUAAUAACAUUAACUCAGAUUCAGAGAAAUCGAGGCAACUUCAGACAACCAUCCACCAGCGGCAGGAGAAUUUAUCCCAGCAACAGGGUAACCAUGAGAACUUUCCCACGGAGAGCGAAUCUCCCAAAUCACAGAUCUCCAAUCUAUUAGAGAGACAGGGACAAAUGGCCACCAAACUCUGCCAAGAGCUAGUCAUUCAUACUUCAGAUCACAAAAGUAAUCCUUGUCCAAAGAUGUGGCAAUGGUACCAGAACAGUGGCUACUAUUUUGCAGCAAAUGAAGAGAAAACCUGGUCUAACAGCAGAAGAGACUGUAUGGACGACAAUUCCACCUUGGUGAAGAUAGACAGCUUGGAAGACAAGGAUUUUCUUAACUCACUGCCAUUAUCCACGUUUUCUUUCUUCUGGCGGGAAUUAUCAUAGGACCCCUCUGGCAGAAGUUGGCUAUGGGAGGACAGCUCUGUUCCCUCUUUAUCCUCAUUUAGUACUAAAGAGCUUGCCUUGAUCAAUGGAUCCAAAGGAUGUGCUUAUUUUCAGAAAGGAAAUAUUUAUAUUUCUGGCUGUCUUGCUGAAAUUUUUUGGAUUUGUGAGAAGACAGCUGCAUUAGUGAAAACUGAAUAUUUGAAUUAA